GCGAGGGAGCCGGACUCGGCUGCCCCAGCAUGAGGAGCUGAGCGUCUCGGGCGAGGCGGGCUGACGGCAGCACCAUGCAGGCGUCGGCGGCUGCGUCCGUGCCCUUCUUGCUGCUCUGCGCCCUAGGGACCUGCCCCCCGGCGCGCUGCGGCCAGGCAGGAGACGCCUCAGUGACGGACCUGGAGAAGAGGAACGAAAACCGCUUCCUGGAGCGCCAGAGCAUCGUGCCACUGCGCCUCAUCUACCGCUCCGGUGGCGGAGACGAAACUCAGCACGACGCGCUCGACACGCGGGUGCGGGGCGACCCCGGCGGCCGGCAGUUGACUCACGUUGACCAGGCAAGCUUCCAGGUUGAUGCCUUUGGAACUUCAUUCGUUCUCGAUGUCGUGCUAAACCAUGAUUUGCUGUCCUCUGAGUAUAUAGAGAGACAUAUUGAACGUGGAGGCAAGACUGUGGAAGUUAAAGGAGGAGAGCACUGUUACUACCAGGGCCAUAUCCGAGGAAACCCUGCCUCAUUUGUUGCAUUGUCAACAUGCCAUGGACUUCAUGGGAUGUUCUAUGAUGGGAACCACACAUACCUCAUUGAGCCAGAAGAAAAUGACACUUCUCAAGAGGAUUUCCAUUUUCAUUCGGUUUACAAAUCCAGACUGUUUGAAUUUCCCUUGGACGAUCUUCCAUCUGAAUUCCAACAAGUAAAUAUCACUCCACCAAAAUUCAUUUUGAAGCCAAGACCAAAAAGGAGUAAACGGCAGCUUCGUCGAUAUCCUCGUAACGUAGAAGAAGAAACCAAAUACAUUGAACUGAUGAUUGUGAAUGAUCAUCUCAUGUUUAAAAAACAUCGGCUUUCUGUUGUACAUACUAAUACCUAUGCGAAAUCUGUGGUGAACAUGGCAGAUGUAAUAUAUAAAGACCAACUUAAGACCAGGAUAGUAUUGGUUGCCAUGGAAACCUGGGCGGCUGACAACAAGUUUGCCAUAUCUGAAAAUCCAUUGAUCACCCUACGUGAGUUUAUGAAAUACAGGAGGGAUUUUAUCAAAGAGAAAAGUGAUGCAGUUCACCUUUUUUCGGGAAGUCAAUUUGAGAGUAGCCGGAGCGGGGCAGCUUAUAUUGGUGGGAUUUGCUCGUUGCUGAAAGGAGGAGGCGUGAAUGAAUUUGGGAAAACUGAUUUAAUGGCAGUUACACUUGCCCAAUCAUUAGCCCAUAAUAUUGGUAUUAUCUCAGACAAAAGAAAGCUAGCAAGUGGUGAGUGUAAAUGUGAGGACACGUGGUCCGGAUGCAUAAUGGGAGACACCGGCUAUUAUCUUCCUAAAAAGUUCACCCAGUGUAAUAUUGAAGAGUAUCAUGAUUUCCUCAAUAGUGGAGGUGGUGCCUGCCUUUUCAACAAACCUUCUAAGCUUCUCGAUCCUCCUGAGUGUGGCAAUGGGUUCAUUGAAACUGGAGAGGAGUGUGACUGUGGGACCCCUGCUGAAUGUGUCCUUGAAGGAGCAGAGUGUUGUAAGAAAUGCACCUUGACUCAAGACUCUCAGUGCAGUGAUGGUCUUUGCUGUAAAAAGUGCAAGUUUCAGCCUAUGGGCACUGUGUGCCGAGAAGCAGUAAAUGAUUGUGAUAUUCGUGAAACAUGUUCAGGAAAUUCAAGCCAGUGUGCCCCUAAUAUUCAUAAAAUGGAUGGAUAUUCAUGUGAUGGUGUUCAGGGAAUUUGCUUUGGAGGAAGAUGUAAAACCAGGGAUAGACAAUGCAAAUACAUCUGGGGGCAAAAGGUGACAGCAUCAGACAAAUACUGCUAUGAGAAACUGAAUAUCGAAGGGACCGAGAAGGGUAACUGUGGGAAGGACAAAGACACGUGGAUACAGUGCAACAAACGGGAUGUACUAUGUGGCUACCUUUUAUGUACCAAUAUUGGUAAUAUCCCAAGGCUUGGAGAACUCGAUGGCGAAAUCACAUCUACUUUAGUUGUGCAGCAGGGAAGAACAUUAAACUGCAGUGGCGGGCAUGUAAGGCUUGAAGAAGAUGUAGAUCUUGGCUAUGUGGAAGAUGGGACACCUUGUGGUCCCCAAAUGAUGUGUUUAGAACACAGGUGUCUUCCCAUGGCUUCCUUCAACUUUAGUACUUGCUUAAGCAGUAAAGAAGGCACUAUUUGUUCCGGAAAUGGAGUUUGCAGUAAUGAGCUGAAGUGUGUGUGUAACAGACACUGGAUAGGGGCCGACUGCAACACUUACUUCCCUCACAAUGAUGAUGAAAAGACUGGUAUCACUCUGUCUGGCAAUGGUGUUGCUGGCACCAAUAUCAUAAUAGGCAUAAUUGCCGGCACCAUUUUAGUGCUGGCCCUCAUAUUAGGAAUCACUGCGUGGGGUUAUAAAAACUAUCGAGAACAGAGACAGUUACCCCAGGGAGAUUAUGUAAAAAAGCCUGGAGAUGGUGACUCUUUUUAUAGCGACAUUCCUCCUGGAGUCAGCACAAACUCAGCAUCUAGUUCUAAGAAGAGGUCAAAUGGGCUCUCUCAUUCUUGGAGUGAAAGGAUUCCAGACACAAAACAUAUUUCAGACAUCUGUGAAAAUGGGCGACCUCGAAGUAACUCUUGGCAAGGUAACAUGGGAGGCAACAGAAAGAAAAUCAGAGGGAAAAGAUUUAGACCUCGGUCUAAUUCAACUGAGAGGGAGCCCCAAGCACCUGAGCCUGGGCACUCCCUCGCCCAGACAGUCCCAUCCCAAGGCAUAAGCCCAGGGGGCUCUGACAGCCCCCAGACAGGGAGUCUGGAUCACAGGACUUUAUCUCCUGCCAAGUCUCCUUCUUCAUCAACUGGGUCUAUUGCCUCCAGCAGAAAAUACCCUUACCCAAUGCCUCCACUUCCCGAUGAGGAGAAGAAAGUGAACCGACAAAGUGCCAGGCUAUGGGAGACAUCCAUUUAAGAUCAACUGUUUACAUGUGACCCAAUCGAAACUGUUUACUUCAACUUUUAUAGAAACCCAGCCUCAUGGAAUCACUGCAAAUCUAUCUGCUCUUCAGACAAUACGAAGGCCCUCUGAGAUGCCACAGAGGAGAGGAAGCCAAACCUCACAUCCAGAUACCAUUUUCUUUUUGUCAUUGGCUUAGGAUUUAACUGAACCAUGAAAAGAACUACUGAAAUGUUACACUAUAACAUGGAACAGUAAAGGUACUGGUAUGUUAAUGGAUAAUCUGCAUGACAGAUAAUAUGUAGAAAUAUCAAUAAAAUUAACUCACAAGACCCACAUGUAGCAAGUUUCCUAAGGGACAGUAGUGGAUUCAGAACUUGACAUUCUGAAGCACAUCCUCAUUGUAAACAGUAAUGCUAUAUGCAUGAAGCUUCUGUUUAUUGUUUUCCAUAUUUAAGGAAACAACAUCUUAUAAUAGAAACUAGCAUGCAGGGCUAAGGCAUAUAGGAUUCUUCUGCAGGACUUUAAAGCUUUGAGAGGCCAAUAUCUCAAAUGCUAACUUUAAACAUGUAUUUUUAUUUUUGUUUUGUUUUUUACUUUUCAUAUUUAUAUCAGCAUACAAGGACAAUUGUAUAUAUGUAAACAUUUUUAAAUCUUAAAAAAAAGCAGCUGUUACACACAAGUGUAUUUUGCCAGACGCCUAAAAACAGUCAGUCACAAUCACAUCAUUGUCAUCCAUCCAAUGGUUUUCAAAGAUUUUAAGCAGAUGAUGUUGUAAAUAUAGUGGUCAGUGCUGUCAAUGUGUCUCUUUAUAAUUGGUAUUUGUCCAAAACAUGUGAUAUCCCUUUAAACUGUGCACAGUCUGGAGGCAGUUUUACUGAGUAAUUGAGUGAGAGAACAAAAUGCCCAGCAAAACUUCUGGCUCCCACAGCUUGCUGAAGCAGGAGUCCAGUAGUGCAGCUGCUCCCUGGGGAUCAUCCAGCCUGCCCCCUUCCUUUCUUGGGGCAUACAGUGCCUGCCUCAGCAGCUAUUACCUUUCAGUACCAGAGCGCAUCUGCUAAUCUCACCCUGGAGGCUGUUGAGCCCCUCAGCGGUGUGACCUGCUGAGAUUAAGCAAGUGCACCAAAGACACAUGAAACCACGGAUGCUGGUGAACAGGUAGCUUCCAACUUGCCAAUACUCUAACCCUUUGUGGCCUGAAGUUUUGUUCCUUGAAACAAAACUGUUUCAAGGAACCUUUUUAGCCACCCUUAUCUGUGAAAUGAAUGACUUGUUUUAACAAAAACAACUGUUACAUUGUUGAUUAAGUAUACUUAUCACUGGGAUGUGAGUCCCAGCAAGUCAUUCUGCACUGACUUUGAAUGAAGACGAUGGAAGGUUCUUUCUGAGCUGGGAAGCCUUAAAAGUUCUUAAAGGGUUAAAUGAAAUCUAAAGCCACAAAGGUUCAGCAACUGUGAAGUUACACAAACUGCUGACAGGGGAAAGAAUCUGAUGUUUUGAACCAUAUAUUGUGUAGUUUUUAACCCAUAGGAAAGUGAGAAUUCUAUGUUCAAAGCCCCUUCUUUAAAACCAAAGUUUGAUAGCAGUUAUAAUGCAGCCCUAUCAUUCUGAAAGAAAACUACCCUAGUGAGGUCUGAAAUUGAUGGGAUCGAUCAUGUGAUCUGCUGUGAAAUGUACUUCUGAUGUCCUCCUCUUCUCUGCUUUUUCUUGAGAGAAAUGGAAUCUGCAGACAAGAUUUCAGAAAUACUCUCUAAAUUUGAUCUAUCCCAGUGGUGUCCAUGGACAAAAUCCAUUUCAUCUCCAUCUGUAAUCAUCUUAGAUGCCCAAACUGAAGAGCCACAUUAGAAGGCAGCAUUUUACACUCUGUGUGUUGAUGUCUUCUGUAAUGGACCUCUCUUCUGAAAGUCUUUGAAAAUGUUUGAAAAGCAAUUUAAUCAUCCAAAAUGAUACACUAUGAAACAGCAUUUUUCAUGACAGGAAGGGAUGUGAUUGUUGACACAACAAUAAAUCCAUCAGACCGAAGUUUGGGUGAGUGUUGGACCACAUUGCCACAUAGCUCAAGCCAAGGACAGAAGGGCAGACAGAUUGAAAGAUGUAGCAAAUAAAGUGACUUUUGGCCAAGAACACUUUAAUGUGCACUGAAUGUUUUCUGGUAUUGAGUGUAUAAAAGGCUAAUGUUAUGAGGUUUAUUUUGACUAUAAAAGAGUUUAUAGAUUUGAAUGUAAGGUGCCUGAUGUAAAUAUGCUUCCUAGUUGUAGUUUACACAAGCCCUAAUUUGAAAGAAUCCACGAAUGGCUAGCUAAGUAGUCAACAGAUCUCUAUCCAUCCAUCCAUCCAUCCAUCCAUCCGUCUUUCCUCACUUCAGUUAUCUUUUACAUGAAGUUAUUAUUUCAAAUGAAAAUCAUUAUCAUGUGCCUUUUGGGGGAGACAUGGUUGCUCUAGAGGUAUAUAUUAACAGUUUGUAAUUGUCCUCCUUGCUAAUAACCUUCAUAUGGACCCGAAUGAAAAAUGUUUUUGUUUUAUUUG